CACAACAGCUGAUGAUAACAAACUGACCAGAGUUAGUGUUGUGCAGUCAUCAGGAGGGUAGACUGUUCUCUCAAACUGUACGUACCGUCAAGAAGAGUUAAUGAGCUGUGCAGUCGUUGGAAGGGAAAAACCUUCAUAUAACUACGUGCCAUCAAGAAGAGUAGUGAUGUUCUCACGGCGUUACAAUCAACAAUAAUAAACAAAUUUCAACGUCGUCAGCAAUUUGCCAAUCGGAGUAGCAUACGGACCUGUCAAGGCAUAGGAUUUUCUGCUAACAGGCAACGAUUUUUUUUAAGGAAACUGAGUACCUAGGUUUUAAUACGGACUUGGUUUAUGGUGACUUGAAAUCGUAACAUUUGCAUAUUGCAGUAACAAGUGAUGGCUUUUCUUAAAUCCUCAAUUUCCUUCUCGGCUUGUUUUCUUUGUGGUGUCAUCGGAAUACACGUUAGAGCCGAGAAUGACUUAGGUAAAGGUCUUGGGGAAAAGUAUGAUUGGCACACACUAGAAGACGGAAUUAAGGUUUCCAAAGAAACAGGAAAGCCAUUAAUGUUGAUCAUCCACAAAUCUUGGUGUGGGGCUUGUAAAGCUUUUAAACCAAAGUUUGCUGCCUCUGAAGAUGCAUUGGUACUGAGUAAGAAGUUUGUUAUGGUGAACACUAUAGAUGAUGAAGAGCCAAAGGAGGAGAAGUAUUCACCUGAUGGAGGAUACAUUCCACGCAUUCUCUUUCUUGAUUCCCAUGGAGAAGUACAACAUAAUAUCUACAACAAAAAUGGAAACCCCAAAUACAAAUUUUACUACUUUGAUGAUAUGACAGUUGUUGAGUCAAUGAAGGAGGCUAUAGAGGUGUUAAAAUCACUCCCUGCAAAAGGCAAUGAGCUUUAAUAAUGCAUUAAAAUAGAACAGUAUCAGUUGUGUAAUGUACUUAUUUAGCCCUUUUGCUUGUUAAUUGUUCUUUGCUUAUUCAAUGAUGUUAUUGUACAGUGUAAACUUAUUAUGUUAUACAGUGUAUUAUGAAUAUAUAUAUUGUGUACAUGUAUAUAUAUAUAUAUAUUUUAUGUAUAUGUAUUGUGUAUACUGUACAAUGGAAAUAUUAUGUUUCUAUUAUUUAUGAGUGCUAUUUUAUUGUGAUUGCACACAUGUUGAAGUUUAAAAUUUAUUAAUUUUGUAAAGAAAAUGAUCCUUAACAUAAAACAGAUAUUUUGCAUGUUGCCCAAAUUGAUCUGCACUAUGAAAAAUACAAUGCACAUUGGAAAUUA